AUGCCGUUUCAACACACUCCAGAGACGUUGGCCCUUUCAGAGGCGCGCAAGGCCAAGAAACUUAGCAAGAAACUCAUUCAAUCCAAUGAACCACGACCGCUCCCAGAAAUUACCGUCCCCCGACCUUGGCUUACUUUGCACACCUCGGAGACGAAUCACUGUCUACCCAUUAGAGUAUUGACCUGGAAUCUCCUUGCACAAUGUUUAGUUCGGCGUCAAUUAUUUCCAGCUAGCGACUGUUUGAAAGCUGGCCAACGAGAGCCAGUGCUCCACCGUGAAAUUCUUAGCCAUAACGCCGAUAUUCUUUGCCUACAGGAAGUCGAUCGAUUAGAGCAACUCCUACCUGUUCUCCAAAAAGCUGGAUACAGCCAUCACUUUGGAUCUGGUCCAGGAAAGCUCCAUGGCUCCAUAAUAGCUUAUAAGGCGCAACGUUUCUCUCUGGUUGCAGAAAAGGUUGUUUAUUACGAUGAAGAACGAGUUCGCACAGAUGGAAGUGAACUCGGCCAGCGCGGUGUAAGUUUCAAAACCAGGAACAUUGGCAUGAUAGUAGCGCUCGAAGCGAACAACAAUCAAAGUGAUAGUCUCGUCGUCGCCACGACACAUCUUUUUUGGCAUCCAAAGUACGUUAUCCCUCUCCAUAGACUACCUGCGAUUGAAAUAGGUUUAGAUAUACCUAUGAAAGGGCCAGGCAGGGAUUUCGGGUCUCCUUAUAAAUAUUGUUGCCGAUUCAAUCUUACUAGGCAGGCAGCGCUCCUGAUACGCGAGGUUUCCCGUUUCAAGGUUGACCAUGCAGUCGAAGAAUGGCCAUGCAUUGUUGCUGGAGACUUCAACUUCCCACCAGACGAUCCGGCGUACUCGCUAUUAAGCGGAGACGAGUUACUCGCCGAACAACAAGCCAAACUCUCCGCUUCCUACGUUGUCCACUCAACAGUGGGUCCCAAUGUCUUGCUCAAUACUGAGAAACAAGUUGUAGACGAUCAAGAGGGCGGGGAUGCCGAUGAUCCUGACGUCGACAUUGUCAAUGCACGGAAUGCUAUCCCGGCUGAUGGAUUGCUUUCAAUUCCAGAACUGGUUACUCUUUGCUCUAGUCAACCCCGUGUACGAAGCUCGUACGAUAUUGGACUUGCCGAUUAUCUUUCAAGGAACUUUUUCAUUACCACAUAUGGGGACAGAGUCCAGAUUCCGCCAGGAAGACACGGCUCACACGAGCCAGAAUAUACCAGCUACGCACAUUACUGGAAAACUGUUCUUGAUUAUGUAUUCGUUUUGGAUCCACCCGGGCGGUACUGUCGAGUCACUGGCCUCCUUUCCCCAUUCCAAGCAGCCGACCUUGAGCCUGGCCUCCCACAGCGACGUGUGUCCGGCAGCGAUCAUGUAUCCCUUGUUGCCGAACUGGUCUGGCCACAGAUACACCAUAUCAAUGACCCUUGA